AUGGAUUACGCAUCAUCAUCAUCCCCCGUGGAUUCACCGACGCCGUCGUUCUUCACGUCGGACCUCGACGGCCUCGCCCAGGCGCCCUCACCUGUCGCCCGCGCAAUCCUCGUGGCGUUGUGCGACGAUCGCCGUGUGCGGGCCCAGGCGCUGAGGCAGCUCGGGCGGCUGCUGCGAUUCGAAGCCGACGUCCGCGGCCACGACCCCGUCAAGAGCCCCGGGUCCGUCACGAGCCCGUCAAGUUCCAAAAAGAGGAAGGUGACGGGCGAGCCCAAGAUAUGCGUCCAGUGCGAUUGCAUCUUCACCGACGACGAGAACUCCUUCGGGGCGUGUUGGUACCACACAGGCCAACUAGAGCUUUGGGACGAGACCCAGAUUCCCACGCUCUGGGACGAAAUAUCGUCAGACGAGCUUGACACGGAAUCGAACCGCGCGGAGUAUCCCGCGGCGUUCCGGUGGUGCUGCUGCGAGCGGCUCGGUGACAGGACGGGCUGCGUGCGCGGCCAUCAUGAGUCCAACCCAGACAAGAGCAAAAAGGGCCGCGGCAACGAGCUCUCCGACCUCGACCUCGAGGACGACCCGCUAGAGCUCGACGCAUCGGACGACCUGCAGCCGCCGCUCCAGCAGCACUACACGAUCGCGAAUCCCCAGGAGACUACCCCCCGCAAGCUGCCGAUGCACCACCAGCAGCAGCAGGAGGAGCAGCAUCAUCGUCUGCUCCAUCAACCACAGCAACAGCACCCUCUUCAUUAG